AUGCCAAGCAGGCUUCGAUGGCUUUGCACACAUCAUGAGGAUCAGUAUCUCGAGCUAAAACAACUGAAGGAUAUUAAAAGUGAAAAGUUCUAUGACUUUCAAGGGCAGAAGCGACGAUAUUUUUACUACAUUGAUUUACAGGGUCGAUUGUUCCUGGAAAACACACGACCGAAGAACAUUGCAACGUCUCUAAAGAGCACCAAGUUCUUGCGGUUUUUCUUUUCGCAAAUUCGACGAAAUGGUAUUGCGCAAUGCAAGUCACAGGAAGAAAAGGAGUUCUUGGAGUACCCGUUCCGAUCACCGUGUGGCAAUGAGAUGAACUUUAUCAAGUGUGCUGACCGUCCGUUCGUGUUUGAGGAUCUUCGGCAAGAUGAUAGUGGCAAGUGGAUAUUAGUGUUUGGCGGUGGAGAACUUUCAAUGCCCUUCCGACCGGCAACGCUUCGAAUAUCUGUUUCAACUGGAAGACUGUACCACGAUAUUCAGACCAAGCACAUUGUGUCUGGGACACCUGAAGGAAUAGCACUUGUGCGGUCUCAACUCGCUGUGGAACUCGGUAGACGUAUCAACGUUUACCACUUGCCCGAUAAUGUUGACGCAGAGACGACCGUCAGUAACUUAGAAGUAGGCGGGCAAUUUUGCGCCCCAAUCGAACAAGUAAACUUCAAAGGAUGGGAAGCCGUCAUGCGCACAAAUCUGAACGGCACGUACAUGGUCAUCAAGAAGGCAUAUUACGCCUAUAUGAAGGAGCACGGCGGCAGAAUUGUCAGCAUUAUUCUCGUGAUCGACAAGGGUCACCCUCUCAUGGCACACAGCAAUGCAGCUUGUGCUGCUAUUGAAAAUCUGAGCAAGUCGCUGUCAGAGGAGUGGGCUGCAUCAGUUGUGACGCUGAAUUGCGUCGCUUCGAAGGGCGGGGCUGAGCAGUUCCACGUGGCAGCAAGAAGCGUCACCACAGCAAGAAGCGUCACCACAGCAAAGCGCGUGGGGACCGUUGAGGAAGUCGCGGCAGGCGUUUUGCACUACUUUCACCCGCUGGAGCGUAUGUGA